CAGAAACAGUGUGACUUCAUUAUCAUGUCGUUCAAAUGUCGAAAAGACUACUUUCGAAUUUCAUAGGGUGUUCUUCACGAAUGCAGUGUACUUGUACCUGUAAUUGCUUCGAGCUAUUUCUAGGUGCGUUCAUGUAACUAUAGCCAUGAGUUUACGAGGGGUCUGGAUUUACAAGCCAUAUGCGCCGGCAAAUUCAGAUAAGAUAUUAUUUUCAAGGCGCUUUGCUCCUGCGGAAUGCCGGGCCAAGCGACAGCGGGGGUAUGUGAGCCUCGAGGAGGAACAAGAGCUCUGUACAGCUGUGUUCACAGCGUGCGGAUUGGCGGAAGCGGAUGAGGAGUACACAAAGGAGCGUGAUAGUUGCCUUGUGGAGAGUACAAAGCCAAUUUAUGAAGUUGGCGCGAAGAAGCAAUGGCCUUUCGUUGCGAUUAUGCGGCACUCCUUGUUGUUUUGUGCGUUGCCGGUGGUGGACAAUACAACCUCAGCAGCCAGACCGAGUGCCAUUGAGCUGCCGGGUGUGACCGUCGCCAUUGACUUCCUCGAGAAAAUGGCAGCGUACGUUGGACCUAGCGCGCAGUCGUGGGAAACGACGGACAGUCAGGUGAAUGAUCUGUACAACACCGUGGGCGCGGCCAUGCCGUUUGGCACGCCGAUUCGAACUGAGCUGGCCCAAGUGGAUGCCAUGCUGGCUACGAAGCCGCCGCCUCCCAGUGGCAAGAGCAAGCAACCAGCAUGGAAGCCUUUCUCAUACAAGGGCAACAAUCGUGUAACACUGGCACUGCAGGAGCGUGUCAAAGCUGCCCAGUAUGAUCGUGCGGAAGUUACCGAUGUCAUUCAAGUCACAGGAGACAUCCGCUGCAGAGCGGAAUUGGAAGCCAAUCCGGAGCUUACCGUGGGUGUGAUGACACCACCGAACUGCCACCCAAUCUCCUACCUGCUCGUGCACCCGUGUGUACAGAACAGUGAAGCUCACCCGGCACGACAACCGUCCUCUCCACGCAGUACAUCACCACUACCCGUCACAUCAGCGGCGGCGACAGCAACAGCCACAGUGCAAUUGACGCGGAAAAUGACGCUGCACCCGCCCGCCGACCUCUUCACGCUGUGCCAGUACAAGGCGGAAGACCCGCCGUUGCCUAUACGCGGCUUUUACCAGAUGAAGGGCGAUAGAACUGUCAAACUACUUGUUCAGCUGAAACUCGCCGCAGGAGUGAAGAACUCGUUUGACUUUUGCGAGCUGAGGCUUCCGUUUUUCAAUCGGCCACCGGUGUCCAAUGUAGAGUUUCUGCCACGCACAGCACAGGUAGCCAUUUCGCCUAACCAGAGGACGCUCAUCUGGACCAUUGGUCAGAAGUUCCCCAGUCGAUCAUUGGAAGUGUCGCUCAAUGCAACGGUAACUUUCCAAGAUGAUGUUGCCGGUGCUGGUGCUGAUGGCGGUGGUGGUAGCACAGCCAGUGCUACAACCUCAGCAAGCAGCAGCAGCACUGCCACAAACACCAGCACUGGCGCCACCGCUGCAUCUGCACCAGCGGCCGAUGGUGCAGCGAAAACACCAUCUGGCGCCGACGAAUUCGUAGAAGAUCCAUUCUGUGUUGGUCUCAACGCAUACGCAGAGCUAAACUUUCGUAUUCUCGACCACACGCUGAGUGGAUGCAUGUUGGAUCCCAAGGCCGUCUCACUCUACCCAAACUCUCGCUACAAAUUGUCACUGAGUCGUGAGUUAGUGGCGGAUGGCUACAAGAUCUGGAACUCGCACGGCGACGCAAGAGUGGCAAAGAACCCCUCAAACCCCGCAGCCACCACCACCGCAACCAGUAGUACCAGCAGUGCAUGACGAUGACUUGCCGCUUUGGUUUUGCUUAGCUACACUGCUGCGGACGACGUCUUCAGUGCAUUUGCCUGCAAGUGAAUGAGCAGAGUGGGUCGCCAAAGGAUUUGCGUGUUUCAGGUGCAUUCUGCUACGUUAGGUUACAGCCGCUUUAUGAAAGGCAGAACUUCACUGUUCUGCUGCUGCACAUCCUCCUCAUCAUCAUCUGAACGUAAUAUACACAACACAUGACCAUCAUCAUGAAACCAUGAAACAUACCAUAGUUACUACCUACACUACAGCUAGCUACUCAUAGAUCAUGUCAGCAGAACAUGUGACUUAGGCCGUCAUUUGUCUUGUCCCCACUCUCCUUCUGAUCUCGAAGGCAAUACGUGCAUGUGAUGUUUUUGAAUGUUUUUUUUUUAAAUUUACCAAAAAUGAUCCUUAUCCUGUUUUUAUUAGUACUAUACGAUACGCUGCAUUCUCUAUUUUCUAAUUCUAUUUUAUCUAGGAAAUGUCGGAAAGCAGUUGUGGACAUGUCUUUAAUGCUGUUCCAGCACUGCAUCGUUUCUUCUGUGCCUCUCUUUAGAGACCCUUAUUCGGUGGAUUUGCUCUGGAAAAUGUGCCUUGUCAAAGUGCCUUGUA